AUGAAACUAAUAUCUCAUAGAGAAGCAGUUUUCCCCACGCGAAUGACACUGACGACGAUGAAGAUCAAACUCAAGGGUGCGACUGUCGGACACAAUUUGCUGAAGCGCAAGUCGGAGGCGCUAACAAAGCGGUUCCGUGAUAUUACACGACGAAUUGAUGACGCGAAGCGUAAGAUGGGCCGGGUGAUGCAAACGGCAGCGUUCUCGCUGGCCGAGGUGACGUAUGCCACGGGCGACAAUAUUGCCUACCAGGUGCAGGAGUCGGUCAAAUCUGCGCGCAUCCGUGUUCGUGCCCACCAGGAAAACGUUUCUGGUGUGCACCUUCCUCAGUUUGAGGCAUACUAUGACGAAACAUCUAAUGACUUUCAAAUGACAGGUCUUGGACGCGGUGGUCAGCAAGUUCAAAAAGCUAAACAUGUUUAUGCAAAGGCUGUCGAGACUCUGGUUGAGUUAGCUUCUCUUCAGACUGCAUUUGUUCUUCUUGACGAAGUCAUUAAGGUGACUAACCGAAGAGUCAAUGCCAUUGAGCAUGUUAUUAUCCCCCGAACAGAAAAUACUAUCAAGUACAUCAACUCUGAACUAGACGAACUGGAUAGAGAAGAGUUUUACCGCCUGAAGAAGGUGCAAGACAAAAAGCAGCGUGAUUAUGAAGUUGCUGAGGCUGCUCGCAAGGCUCGUAAAGAGGCCGAGCUCUUGAAGCUUGUGGACGAGGCAAUUGCUGCUGGAAACAGUCCUGAGGAGGCCAACAAGAUUGCCGAAGUCAAGGAGCUUGAAAAGGAAAAGAAAGAAGCUGCUGGAUUGGCUAAUGGAGAAGAAGAAGAAAUUGUUUUUUAA